AUUUACAGAACAUGCGCAAUGCAUACUUCCUUUUUCAAGUGCAGCGGAGUCAAUCCCCAGUCUUUGACUCCAGGCUCCUGGUAAAGGAGACAGAAAAGACUGCAAAAUGGGUUUCGUGAAAGUGGUGAAGAAUAAGGCCUACUUCAAGAGGUACCAGGUCAAAUUCAGGAGGAGGAGAGAGGGAAAGACCGACUACUUUGCCCGUAAGCGCCUGGUCAUCCAAGAUAAGAACAAGUACAACACACCAAAGUACAGGAUGAUCGUCCGUUUCUCAAACCGGGAUAUUGUCUGCCAGAUUGCCUAUGCCAAGAUCGAGGGGGACAUGAUUGUGUGCGCAGCAUACUCCCACGAACUGCCCAAGUACGGGGUUGCUGUGGGCCUGACAAACUACGCCGCAGCCUACUGCACUGGUCUGCUGCUUGCCCGCAGGCUGCUGAACAAGUUUGGCCUUGACAAGGUCUACGAGGGACAGGUGGAGGUGACUGGAGAUGAGUUCAAUGUGGAGAGCAUCGACGGUCAGCCCGGAGCAUUCACUUGCUACCUGGAUGCAGGGCUCGCCAGAACCAGCACUGGCAACAAAGUGUUCGGAGCCCUGAAGGGUGCUGUGGAUGGGGGCCUGUCCAUCCCACACAGCACCAAACGCUUCCCUGGGUAUGAUGCAGAGAGCAAAGAGUUCAACGCAGAGGUCCACCGCAAGCACAUCAUGGGUGUCAACGUGUCCGAGUACAUGAGCUACCUGAUGGAGGAAGACGAGGAUGCUUAUAAGAAGCAGUUCUCUCGCUUCAUCAAGAAUGGCGUUGCCCCUGACACGGUUGAGGACAUGUACAAAAAGGCUCAUGCUGCCAUUCGUGAGAAUCCAGUCCAUGAAAAGAAGCCCAAGAAAGAAGUCAAGAAGAAGAGGUGGAACCGUGCCAAGCUUUCUCUGGCCCAGAGGAAAGACCGCGUUGCCCAGAAGAAGGCCAGCUUCCUUCGGGCUCAGGAACAGGAGGCGGCUGACAGCUAAAUUAUCUGGUCCUAAUGUUGGAGCUAUAAUGCGUUGUUCUAAUAAAUCUAUUGGAAAGAA